UACAAAAACAAUAUAAAGAUGGGACCGAUCCGACCCGGACCUCUUAGCCCAUAGAUUCUAGACUCUAUGGAGCAUCACCCAUCUCACACGUAUGUACCAAAAACCUUAACCUUCUUCUAUCUCAGCUUGGCCUUCUACAGUUUUGCUUCCCAACCCAAUUAAAAUUCACAGUGAAAAACUACAAUUUCUCAGCUCUGAGAAUACAAUAGCCGGAGAAAUCUUUCUGUUUAUCCAUGGCCACUUCUCUACUUUCUCAUCUCUCAGCUCCGCCCUCACCCACCAUAGACAAUUACCAAGGUCGUCAAGCAGGUGCCUUUAAUUCUGGGAUCCCAAAUACCUUCCUUCAUGGCACCAAAGUCUUCUCCGCUACACCUUCUUCUUCAAGAAGGCUCGCAGCUCAAAGACGCUUCAAGUCUGCCUAUGCCAAGGCUUCGGAACACAUUCCCAAGCAGUUCAGGCAAGAAAAUCUCAAAGAUGGACUGAUGGAUAAUUACAAGAAUGUGCCCCAUUAUCUGUAUGGCCUUUCUCCUUCCCAAAUGGACAUGUUCAUGACAGAAGAUAAUCCUGCCCGACGUCAGUCAGAAAAAGUUACAGAGCAAAGCAUCUCGUCUGCGAACAACUACUUGAAUCAUGGAGGGAUGUGGAGUAUGUCAGGCAUGGAUGACAAGGGCCCUUCAAAAUAUAGUAUGAGUGUGAGCAUGUAUCGGGGAGGUGCAAGAGGAUAUGGAAGACCCAGAACUGCUCCUCCUGAUUUGCCUUCCUUACUUUUAGAUGCUCGGAUAUGCUAUUUGGGCAUGCCAAUUGUUCCAGCAGUAACUGAGCUUCUUGUUGCUCAGUUUAUGUGGUUGGAUUAUGAUAACCCUUCUAAGCCCAUAUAUUUGUACAUAAAUUCAUCUGGGACACAGAAUGAGAAGAUGGAGAGUGUUGGAUCUGAAACUGAGGCAUAUGCCAUAGCUGACAUGAUGAAUUAUGUCAAAUCAGAUGUGUACACUGUGAAUUGUGGCAUGGCAUAUGGUCAAGCAGCACUGCUUCUGUCACUUGGAACAAGAGGUUAUCGUGCCGUACAGCCAAAUUCCUCCACAAAAUUAUAUCUGCCAAAGGUCAGCCGGUCAAGUGGCUCAGUCAUCGACAUGUGGAUUAAGGCCAAGGAACUGGAUGCAAACACAGAGUAUUACAUUGAGUUACUCGCAAAAGGAACAGGGAAGACCAAGGAAGAAAUUGCUAAAGACAUCCAGCGUCCCAAAUAUUUUCAAGGACAAGAAGCCAUAGAAUACGGACUGGUAGACAAGAUAAUUGAUUCUCGUGAUGCUGCAUUUGAGAAAAGGAAUUACGAUGAGAUGCUUACUCAAUCAAGAGCUAUGAGGAGAGCAGGGGCAGGCGGUCCGCAAGCAGCUCCAUCUGGAUUUAGGUGAUAGCAAGGAAAUAGCAUUGCAAAGACAUAUACCAAGGUUUGAGCUCUCUCUCAUCUCUUCCGUAUCUAGUGCAUUGGAGGAGCGGGAUGCAUUUGGGGUUUUGGCUGAAGGCAAUGAUGACAAAAUUCCAUUUUGUGUCACUUCUGAUCCUGUAUAUGUGGGUAGCCUUGGAAUAGUUAUGGAUUAUAGUCCACACACAAACAAAUUUUAAGAACCGAAACUGUUUAGAAAGUUCUAUCUUUGUUCUUUGUGGGGUAUCUCGCACAUUGUAUUUCUGUUGUGUAACUGCGCAAGUUAUGUUUCUAGUUGAAGAGUAUGAAAUAUUCAUCAGAACGUUUUCCUAGUCUUUGUAUAUGGGCUUAGUAUGAACCUUAUUUAUUUUUGGUAAAAAAGCAAUGAUGUAAUCUGACACUUUAUUUUCUGAUUAAAAUUUGGGGAAAUUUUGA